AUGCUGUGUUUCCUGAAAGGGAUGGCCUUCGUCCCUUUCUUGCUGGUCAUCUGGUCCUCCGCCGCCUUCAUCAUUUCAUACUUGAUUGCCGUGUUCUUCGGACAUGUCAACCCCUUCCUUCCAUACAUCAGUGACACAGGAACGAUCCCUCCCGAGAGUGGCAUCUUCGGAUUCAUGUUCAACUUCUCUGCAUGUCUUGGCGCACUCACCAUAUACACGAAAUAUAAAAUGGUGGAGAAGCAAAACCAAACCUGUUAUUUUAGCAAUCCAGUUGCUAACCUGGUGGCAUUAGUCCUUGGAUUGGUGGCCUGUUUAGCAAUGGGCAUUGUGGCCAGUUUUCAGGCGUUGUCUCUUCCCAUGAUCCAUGAUGGAGGUGCCCUGUUGGUUUUUAUCUGUGGCGUCAUGUACAUACUCCUUCAGUCCAUCAUCUCUUACAAGGCAUGCCCUCAGUGGAACAAACGUUCAAUCUGCCACAUAAGGAUGGCCAUCUCCGCUGUGUCAUGUACAGCUGUUAUUCCGGUGAUUGCCUGUGCCUCCCUAAUUUCUAUGACGAAGCUGCAAUGGAAUCCGGAGGAAAUGGAUUACACCUGUCACGUAGUCAGCGCCAUCUGUGAGUGGACAGUGGCUUUCAGUUUCAUUUUCUUCUUCCUGACUUUCGUUCAAGAUUUUCAGAACGUCACUUUGAAGAUAAUCACCGAAAUAAAUGAGUGCUGA